UCAUUCAUACUCUCCGCAAAGGAAGCUAUAAUGGAUUCUUCCAAAUGCGGGUCCGGGUCUGGGUCUGGGUCUGGUUCUGCUUCGAGAACUGUUUGUCUAACAUGUGGGGAUGAAGGAGAUGCCAAGCUUCUUAUUUACUGCUUCAAGUGUCACGAUUCUGCUGUACCUCACUAUUGUCUAGAAAAAUUCUCCGUUGAUGAUGACAGUAUCGAUUGGAUAUGUUGCGAUUGUGCUCUCACAGUUGCUAAGGUUGAAGGGUUGAGAAAGAGUGAACGGAUAACUGUGCAAAAGAUUCGUGCUAUUGAUGUUCGAAUGGAAUGGGGAAGAAAGCUUAACAGUUGUAAACUAAAAGCUAAAAGAAUAGAUAAGGCUAAACAUGAUGCAAUUGGAGCAGUCCAAUCAGCUACAACCCUUAGUCCUUUUCACGGUUUGCAAAAGGAGAGGCCUUCAUUUCAUGAAACUAAAGAAAACAAAGACAUUGGAGAACGAUGUGGAGAUGUAUGCUAUUCUGAACAGCAAAUUGAAUCAGUAAAAGCAGGGAACACUCCACUAGUAGGAAAGCGCCAGGAGGCUUAUUGUUUAACAUUGAACAAAGAGGAAGAUGGAAUGGUGCAAAGAUCUCAAUUAAGAGGUGACUCUUCUCUGCGAGAUCCAAAGAGUGCUCAAUCGCCUAUUGAAAUUGGAAAACAGCAAGAUAUCAGAAAGCGAAGGAGGAGGUUUGUAGUUCUUGAUGAUGACAGUGAUUCUGAGGGAGAAGGUGGGGCAGUUGGUGGAUAUUUUUCUUCUUCAAUCUCUGAUGAGCAUUAUUUUCCACUCGACAAUUCAUAUAAUGGACCUCAAUUAGAAUCUGCGAAUUAUUUGCCUGCGCAGCCAGUUAUUGAGCCCAUUUGGAGGGGAUGUUUUCUCUUCAAUAGAGAAAGGGAAGCCAGUAUAAAUAUCUUAGCUCAUAUAUCAGACAAAGCCUGUGAAAAUGCAGCUAAAGCAGCAAAGGGGCUUCCAAUGAAUCUUGAUGUAAAAAUUCUGGCCAAGAGUGAUGUAUGGCCGAAGAGUUUCCUGAGGUCGCCACCAACAGACAACAGUAUUGCUCUGUAUCUCUUCCCCGAGCUUGAAAGGGAUGAAAAUUGUUAUGAUGCUCUGUUGGAAGAGGCAAUUGAAAAUGAUCUCGCAAUGAGCGCCACGAUUGAUGACUUGGAGAUGUUGAUAUUUUCAUCUCGUGAAUUGCCACAGAAAGACUGGAGGAUUCGUAGAAAAUACUAUUUGUGGGGCGUGUUUAGAGCCAAGAAGCGUUCACGUCCAAAUAUACCGACACUGACUGCUAACUUCAUUGCACAAAGUAGCAGCACCCAGAAUGCAGCCCAGAGUUUGAUGAGUCCGUUGAGCGUAUUGGAAGGUGUGAAUAGUCGGGAGGACUUGGCAAGUCCCUUGAGCUCCUGUUCUAACAGUAUUUCUACAAAAGAUUCUCCUGAUAUGUUGAACGCAAAGAAGCAAGAUGUUGAACAGCAGCAUGACAAAUGCAGAAUACAAACAGCAUGUGAUAUUUAUGUCUCUACACAAGGUGAAAAGUUGUCUCUCAUUUGCAACAAAGGGGUAAUGUUCAUAACUGUACAGCCCUCUUUUGGGUACAAAUAGUCUUGUAAACUUCCAAAGUACUGAAGAAUUUCCUUAUCAACAUCAUAAUAGCCUGAAGUGCACCUUUCUUAGCGUUGAAUUUCAAAGUUUACUAGGAAAGCGGCGUUUUGAAAUAGAAAGUAAAAUGAUGUAUUAUAACUGAAUUAUUCAUGACACGCCUAUUAGAUAAUCAAAAAUCUGGAAUUUAACAAUAGUGACUUCUCAAUUCAUUAAUCUUCCCAAAAUCUAUGGAUUAUUAUGCUGUAGAUAAUUCAUUGCCUACUUCAUUAAUCUCAAACGAGAGAGCAGUAGAAGAUAAUCCGCUUGAAAUUCGAUAACGUUUAGAUUUUAAAGGAUUAACUCUUACGAGACGGAUAGAACCUCGUCUUUUUACACAAUUCAUAAAAUGAAUAGUCCGUUCAUGUCUCGAUUUCGAACUUUGAGAAUGGAACAGUUCCUAGAGGGAAACUGAAUUAAUUAGUUGGGGCAAUGAGUUUGAUAUACCAAAUGCUUAAACAAAAAAAGGUAUUAUGGGCAAUUUACAGCUAUGUAUUAUAGAAACUCUCUAGCAUGUAACAAUACUACUUAAUAUAUAGUAUACUUUCUCACUGCAAUCUUGAAACUGCUGAAUGUAAUAAUCAGUAGUCCAAAAUAGAAGGACUAGGAAUAUAAUACAGGGGUUAGUCAAAGCAUGUACGUAAAACAAUAACAAAUUUAACACUACAGUGACAUUUUCUGUUUCCUUCUUUGGCCGUAAUUGGGAAGAAAAGAACCGCACAAGCACAAGUGAGCAAUAACAUGGAAGAUGACAGAAAACAAGAAAACAGCAUAAUGGGAAGAACAUAUGCAUUGGCACAACUGUGGCACUUAUGUAUUGCUAGUUGCUACAGAGUAAUGAUUUAGAUGAUAUGCAAACAAAGUGUCACUUUGAAUAUUAAUAAGAAAAAGAAGCUACAUAUAAGAUGUAGAGAUAGCGUGAUGCUUUUGAGAAAAACCCUGCGGGGUUGCCCAAAGCCGACGCCCGACAGUAUUUAGUGUCUUUGGACUGCCAUAACCUUACAAACUGGUAUGAAACUAGAUGGGUAUGCAGAUGGCGGAGAGUAGCUCUCAUUUUGCAGUCUAGUGAUUGGUCAGAAUUUUGUGGCCAAUUGCACAAAAAUAUGGUACCCAUAAGAAUUUUGUGACGAUCACCAUAACUUGCAAAAUUAUGGCAACCGUCAGAUGUCUGACGAAUAAGACUUGCCCAAGAAUUUCUGACCAACAUACUUCAAAAUUCUGACCGGAGACUAUUUUUCCAAGAUUUUUUUCAAAAUUUUAAAAAGUGACACCAAAUGAUCCUAUCUGUGUCAUUCUCCCCAAGAAGAACUCUAUGGGCUUUAAUUAACAAUAAAUACUCGGAUUGUGUGACUGGCACACAUUGAAUCUCCAAAUAAGCCCAUGAAUCUUGGUGAUCAGUCAUGUGGUACUUAGUUCGAGGAGAAAAUUAUUAGGUGUGUGAAAAAAUCCUACAACAGAAAUUGAUAAUUAUACAACAACAACAACAACAACCCAGUAUAAUUCCACUAGUGGGGUCAGGGGAGGAUAGUUUAUACGCUGACCUUACCCCUACCCUGGGGUAGAGAGGCUGUUUUCGAUAGACCCUCGGCUCCCUCCCUCCAAGAACUCCCCACCUUGCUCUUGGGGUGACUCAAACUCACAACCUCUUGGUUGGAAGUGGAGGGUGCUUACCACUAGAACAACCCACUCUUGUCUAAGUAGUAGAAAUACCCCUCAAGAUAUUAGGCCUUUUUGGAGAAAUUGUGCAUGCUUGACCCAAAGCAAAUAGUAUCAUACUAUGCUAAGAGUGUCCUUGCAUUGGCUUAGCCCAACGAUCACGACUUAACCGUUAAAAAGAUGAGAGUAACAGUAAAGAUGUCGAGUAAAAUUUUGCCAGUGGGAAUAAAUGUUACAGAAAAAUUUAAGGUAACAGAACAAACAUCUCCUAUCUAAAUUAUUGUGGAGGUUCAGUGCAGGACAAAGUGAAGAAGUAUGGUAGAAGAAAAUUAACGCCAAGUAUGGCAUGUAGAGGGAAUGGUACAUACUAAGAAUUUGUGUAAUGAAUUCUACAAUUUGGUGAAGCUCAAGACACUGGUUGGAAGUGCUCCUCUUAAAGACACUUCAACUGAACAUUAUGGUCUUGCAAUUCGUAAAAAAGCCACCACUGCAGAGAGUAAAAUCGGAAAUGCUUGGGACACAUGUUUUAGUAGAAGUUUACGUGACUAUGAAUUGUGAAUAGUAGCAGUGGCGGAGCCAGAAGUUCAUACAAUGCAAGGAGAUUCAAAAAAGUAAAAGAAUGUCACACCUAGUAUUUGAACUAGCGAUCUAAAGUAAUUUUUGAAUCCCUAUGCCAUUACACUAUAAACUUUUCUAUGUCAAGGGAAUUCAACAGUUUAUAUAUAACAAAAAGGUAUUUUAUUUUCGCCCUAUUUGCACAGUAAAAUUUUCCAAAAGGGAUUCAAUUUAACAGCCUUGGCUCCACCUACCUAGACUCCUGAAUAAUUUUUGUUAGAAAGCUAGAAGGCCUUCUAAUGCAGAGAGGACGACCUCUGCUGUGAUGUGACUGACCUCCAGACGAGGCACUGCUAAAACCACCUGAACCACGGGGCCUCUUGGCCUCCCGCUCGAGCCUGCGGAAAAUGGUUUAUGUGGAGAGCUAGAAGGUUUUCCAAUGCAGAGAGUAGAAAUGGAAAUGCUUGGGACAUAUGUUUAGAAGUUUACAUGACUAGGAAUUGAGAAGGGUAGUUCAAUUUUAUGGAAAGA